AUGAAAAAUGGAAGCAAGCACACGGAAAAAACGAAUUUCGAAAAUGGAAAGAUAUAUGUAAUAUAUGACGAGAUUUAUGAUACACAUAGGAAGGAAAAACGGAGAAGAAAUUAUUACUGCAAAAUUGUGAGGUUCCCGAACCCUCAAGUAUUAAUAAUCAGGGCGUUAAGUGAAGUGUAUAAUUUGAAGGACAGAGUGGAGUACCUCCCUCGUAGUUACCACUUCGGCGUACUAAACACACAUAGUUAUUUCAAUGGGGAGAAAAGGAGUGUCUACGAGACCCUCCUCCUUAUGCAUGCCCUGAGUGGCAAAGGAGAGUUAGCAAAGAACGCGAGUGCCGAAGCGGGCGUGAACCCCACAAGCGAAGGAACAAAUGAGAAGGGAAAGAACGACGCCACAGCAUUAACCAAGGUAGGAAGCACCAGGAAACCUGAAGACCUCUAUUUAUUUCACAUUUUGAGCGAACUCCAACAAGUGUAUGAAUAUCUUUUUUACUUGUAUGGAAAAUGCUACCAAAAGUACACUCGCCUAUUUUUCAUAAAUCUAAACUACAAUUUGGUCGGAGGUUUUAUAAAAUUGCAAUACGUGAAUAGCCGCAUGUCAAGCAAGUACAAAAAUGUGUCCCUAGACAAUAUGUUGAAUAGGCUGAUAAAACUGCUCCAUUUUUUUUCAUAUUUGGGGAAGAAUUACGACCGAAUUGAGUGCAUCGUCUUAUACGUAUAUUUCUACACCUUUUUAUGUGUGCCCAUUUGUUUCUACCCAUGGGGGUGGCCCAAUUUCGAUCUCUUAAGCAGGAAAAUACUCAAAGAUGGAAACGUUAAUAUGAUCAUUAACCAUGUGUACGCCAAUAGAAGGAGCUUAUUUUCUAUGCUGCUAAAUAUCACAGAAGAAUCAACCGGCUAUUUCGAAACUUACGAUUUUAACUUGGCGAUUUUGAUGAACGAAGUUGCGGGGGUAAGCGACAAUUUGAACCUACGCAACGAUGACAGACAUGGUCCAUAUUACAUCGAUAAUAAUUCUGCCCUGUUCGAAAAGAAGGAAGAUUACAUAAACUUAAGUGAAUAUCGCCUACUGAAAGACAUAGGCUAUAAUUCGCUGAUGCAGUUGUACAAGCCGCACUUCUAUCACUUGACAGUGCUGAGACGGACGUUUUUGUUUCACAGCAAAAUGAAAGUCAUUCUGUUUUUUUUACGCCUCUUGGCCGAACGGUUGGUCGAAAUGGACCGACACUACGGGAAGUGUGUAAGGGGAGAACAGUAA